AUGUUGCGAGUUUAUCCGAUUAUUCGUAUCGAAGGACGCAACACCGUCGAACUUAUUUUCAUGUACAUGAGCAUGGCUGACAUUCUGCUCACGGGUGUCACAGCAUCUAUGAUCUUCAAGAAAACUCCUGAGCAUAUGAAAAAGUACAAAUAUGUUACUUUGAAUUUCACUACAACAGGCUUAAUUUAUGCAAUCAGCUUGCUUCCAAUUGUCACAUCGCUUUCCGUUUACCACAAGACAAAAGAACAAAUCGAUGAUGUGGUCAAGAAGGCGAUUUAUGAGUCGAAAAAGUCAUACGUUGCACCGAGAUCUUACACUUCUCCUGUUACUCCAGAUUAUAAUACCUGUAAUAACUACAUUCAUUCCUCUUUUGGUAUUAUUUUCCACACGUUUCGCUCACGUUCCAUUCGGUGCCAAAUUUUGGAACCUAAUUAUCUCGCAGACUGUUGCUCUCCACAGUCCACUGAGCAGUAUCGGUGUUUUGAUUACAACUCCGCCAUAUCGACGCAUGCUGUCUAG